UCCGCCGGGGUCACCCCCUCCCCUCGGUGGUAGCAGGAACUAAUUCCCCUUCGGGUCACCCGGGACCUCAAGGUGGAAAUUUCACGGCUCAGAGUUCCCUCUAACCCCUGGAAGAGGGAACAAUCACCCCAAGUUAGAAACACCCCGCCAAGUCACAAGUAGGGUUCGAUUUAAACCAGGGCCCUUGCCCCAUGACCCCAAUCAGGCCCCGCCCCUUCCUGGUUGUCUUAGCGACGGUGGUGGCGUCCCAAGAUGGCGUCGUGGUUGCCGGAGACUCUGUUCGAAAUUGUAGGACAAGGCCCGGCGCCGAGUAAAGACUAUUACCAGUUAUUGGUCACCCGGUCCCAGGUAACCUUUAGAUGGUGGAAGAUCUCUCUGAGGAGUGAGUAUAGAUCAACAAAACCUGGAGAAACAAAAGAAACUCAUGAAGACUUCCUAAGGAACUCACAUCUUCAGGUUCAAAUUGCCUUAAUAUUUGGUGCAAGAAUAUUAGACUAUGUCCUCAAUUUAUGCGAAGGUAAAUUUGACUUCCUUGAACGGCUCUCAGACGAUUUGCUCCUGAGAAUCCUUUCUUAUCUGGAUCUUGAAGACAUUGCCAGGCUUUCUCAAACAUCACGCAGGUUUGCAAAGUUGUGCACGUCAGGCAAACUGUGGGAGCAGAUCGUCCAGUCUGCCUGUGACCACAUCACCCCAGAAAUGAGAGCCUUGGCUCAGGAAAUGGGCUGGAGACAGAUGUUCUUCACCAACAAGCUGCAGCUCCAGCGGCACCUCCGCAAGAGGAUACAACAACAAGGAAGCCAGAGGAGCAGUGAGCUCUAGGGUCACACAUUCCUACCUGCAGGAGAGUUGAGGCACGGCUGUGUUUUCCAUCUGUGUCCAAACCUCUUCUGCUGCCUUUGAUUAAGAACUAAGGUUUUGUUGAUUCAAGAAGCCAUAGAGUACUUGCGCACAAAUGCAGCACACCGCCUCUGCUGGGCUUUGCCCGAACCACGGUCCCUGCCACAGGGAGGGUCAGAUCAUGGCCCCAGCACAGGGGCAGCAGGACAGGAGGCGCCCAUGCCCUGCCACCCAUCAGAAAAGAGGCUUCUGCUGUAUGGUAACAAACAAUAAAUGAUUAUUAGCA